CAACGAUAACUAUUGCUCAUGGUUCUGGUAAAGUCACCAUCUUUGAACCAUUCUCAAAAUCUUCUUAUUUCAAACUUACUGGAAUUCCCUGACUGGUGUGCCUGGUUCAUCGGAAAGCUGAGCUUCGCGACGAAGAGUCAGAAUCCCCGUACUGUAUGAGCCGCUCGAAUUAAUCCCUCGUUUGAUGAAUAAUCCAGUUAGAAGAUACCCAUCUCAGCUUGCAUCGAUCAUGUUGCAUGUGAAGCUUGGACGGCCUCUGUUUCUGCUUCUGCUCCUGUCUUUUGCUGCCUCUGAAGAUUCUGAUUUUACCUACAAUGGUUUCCAAGGUGUUAACUUGACCCUGGACGGAAUCGCGCAGAUCACACCGACUGGCCUGUUGAUGCUGACCAACGAAACCAAACAAAACCAAGGCCAUGCUUUCUACCCUUUUCCAAUCCAUUUCAAGAAUCCCGGAUCGGAUGACGGUAAUGUUUUUUCAUUCUCUACCACUUUCGUAUUCGGAAUUAUUCCCCCAUACCCAGAUCUAAGUGGUCACGGAAUCGCUUUCGUGAUCGCACCUUCAAGAGCUCUGCCGGGAGCUCUACCAAGCCAGUAUAUUGGCCUCUUCAAUGAGUCUACCAAUGGUGAUUCGAACAACCAUGUUGUCGCCGUUGAGAUCGAUACCAUCCAGAGCAAAGAAUUCUCUGAUAUCAACGAUAAUCAUGUCGGUAUUGAUAUUAACAGUUUAAAUUCUUCUGUAUCCGUCCCGGCCUAUUAUACAGAUCAUAAUGGUGUCGGUCAGAACCUAACCCUCAUAAGUGGAAAGCCAAUGCAACUUUGGAUAGAAUAUAAUGGCGAGGAAAAGAAGAUUAAUGUGACAUUAGCUCCGUUUAAUGUAGAUAAACCUGAUAUCCCGCUCCUAUCUUUCAAAACCAAUCUUUCUUGGAUCAUGAAAGACCCCAUGUACGUUGGAUUUUCAUCGUCAACGGGCUCUGUUCUUUCAUCUCACUACGUGUUGGGAUGGAGCUUUAAUCUGAAAGGACCAGCAAAAAAACUCACUCUCUCUCAACUUCCCAAGCUUCCUCGAGUAGGACCAAAGGAGAAAUCCAAGUUUUUGACAAUUGGGUUGCCGAUUGUUAUCAUAGUUUUUGUGUCCACCGUGGUCUACGGAGUCCAAUUUAUCGUGGCAAGGAAGAGAAAGUUCGCAGAAUUAGUUGAAGAUUGGGAAAUGGAGUACGGGCCUCACAGGUUCAAAUACAAGGAUCUCUACCACGCCACCAAGGGGUUCAGAGACAAGGAACUUCUAGGUAGCGGCGGAUUUGGCAGCGUCUAUAGAGGUAUACUGCCCACCUCUAAAAUCGAAGUUGCAGUGAAGAGAGUCUCCCACGAGUCAAGACAGGGGAUGAGAGAAUUUGUGGCAGAGGUAGUUAGCAUCGGUGGCAUGAGACACCGGAACUUGGUACAGCUAUUGGGCUAUUGUCGGCGUAAAGGAGAGCUCCUUCUGGUCUACGAUUAUAUGCCCAAUGGAAGCCUGGACAAGUUCCUCUUCAAUCAACCAAAGUGCUUACUGAACUGGAGCCAAAGAUUUCGAAUCAUCAAAGGGGUAGCGUCGGGUCUACUAUACUUGCACGAAGAAUGGGAGAUGGUGGUUGUUCACAGAGACGUCAAGUCCAGUAAUGUGUUAUUAGAUAACGAGAUGAAUGGAAGGUUGGGAGAUUUUGGAUUGGCAAGGCUGUAUGAUCAUGGAAGCGAUCCUCAAACUACCCACGUGGUGGGGACGGUCGGUUACAUGGCACCGGAGCUGACUAGAACCAGCAAGGCUACACCGAGCACAGAUGUGUUCGCCUUCGGAGCCUUCAUGCUUGAAGUGGCUUGUGGGAGAAGGCCAAUAGAGCCACAAGCGUCGAUAGAGGAUUUAGUUUUGGUGGAUUGGGUGUUCUCGUCUUGGAGUAGAGGGACGAUUCUUGAGACGGUGGAUCCAAAUUUGGGGACUGAUUAUGUAGUUGAGGAGAUGGAAUUGGUAUUGAAACUGGGCCUAAUGUGUUCUCACUCUACUCCGGCAGCUAGGCCGAGCAUGCGACAGGUGGUGCAGUUUUUGGGCGGAGAUGCCCCUCUUCCGGACCCGUCGUCGCUUGGUCUACGUGCGACUGGGCACGUCGUCGGGGAAGGCUUUGACGACUUUUUCAUGUCGUAUCCUUCUUCUUUUGACAAGACGUUCACUCAAACACAGACAUCAGCAGCAGAGUCUCUCAUCUCCACAGGUCGUUGAUUAUGUACAAAUCUGUAUAUAUCUAAAUCAGCUGCUCGAUGGGAUUAUUGGUAGCCUAGUACUGUAACAUUUUACUAGUUCAGUAUGUUUAAUUAAUCUGGUUGUUGCAGUAGAGAUCGUUCUCAACCAGAAAACUGAGAGAAGCGAUGGCCCAAAUGUCAGUGCACGCUGCAAUGUGCUGUGAUGUUGGUGUGAGACGAAGCAUAUCCGGAUUCACCAAAUGGAUAGAUAAGAKAGGUAGAGGAAGAGCUUUUAGAAAAAUAAAGGKAGAAGGGAGAAAUUGGAGGCAAGCAUGCUCUCCAUUAUUAUCUUCAUAUGGUGGUUGGUUGGCAAUGAAUUUCUAGCCCACAAAGGUUGAAAUCUAUUUGCAUUUUAAACGUUAGAAAUUGUCUGGUUUGAGAGGACUGAUUUUGAAAGCUA